AAAAGACAAAAGGAAAAGAAAAUUUUAUCCAGAAGCAUAAAUAAAAGCUUGAAGACGUCAACACGUUUUGUACUUAAGUCCUUUUAUUCGAGAUAUAACUAGCAAAAUCUCCUUUUUUCUUGACCCAACAACCCCAUCAUUGUGACUAUUCUGUUCUGCAAUAUCUUGGUUAUUCCUAGUGAUCUAAGCUUCUUCUGCAAGUUAACAGACACCUUAUAUACUAGAGAAAAAAACAAGUUUUGCUGUAAAUCUUGCAUAUACACAACAACUCAAAUACACGCUGUUGGAGCUAUUGUUAACGCGGUGCUGGCAUCAGACUUGCCCUCCUAUGGAUCCUCGUUAACUGUUCCAGAUUGUACUCACUGUUCGGUUACCUCCCCGCAUCAGGAUUGGGUAAUUUGCAGUCCUGUUGCUAUUUUCACAGGCGAAGGAAGGUACGUAAAGAAGUUGAACAUGUGUUUGGUGUUUGUAUGUGAUGAAGAUGAGAGGGUAUUACAAAGACAGGCAGCUCCAGGGGCAUGUCCUUACUGUGGAGGGAUGGUUCAAGCCUUGGACAUGGAGAGCCAGUGGAGAUUCUGCUUUGUCCCUCUUUAUUUCAAGACUAAGCGCAGAUAUUACUGUACCCUUUGCACCAGGCGUCUCAUCAUCCGAUAAUUUUCCCUAUCAUAUAUAUGAUUAUAGCCUUCUUCUUUUUUAAUCUUGUUUCCUUCAACUUCCAAGAAAAUAAACAUGUAUAAUCCUUUGGCUUUUCAGGUAUAAAGGGUGUGUACACUGUAUGUUAUCUAAGUUUUAAACCAAUAAUAAACAUAAGCUGUUUUGGUAUAAAGUAUUUUCCUCUUAACAAUA